GAGAUGACGUCAUCUCGGAGCCCCGAUGCCGGCUCGGAAGGGGGGACAAAGUGCGGGCGGAAGUGGCGUCCAAGGGGCGGGGCCCUGGCGGGGAGGCGCUUCCCGUUUCCGGUGCAGCCGCGGGAUGGUGCUGAUCAAAGAGUUCCGGGUGCUGCUGCCCUGCUCCGUGGCAGAGUACCAGGUGGGGCAGCUGUUCUCGGUGGCGGAGGCCAGCAAGAACAACACAGGGGGCGGGGAGGGCAUCGAGGUGCUGGCCAACGAGCCCUACGAGCGGCCGGGCGAGGCCGGCCAGUUCACCCACAAGAUCUACCACCUGCACAGCAAGGUGCGCUUCGUGAAGAUGUUGGCGCCUGAGGGCUCCCUGGUAUUCCACGAGAAGGCCUGGAACGCCUACCCUACUAACGAGUACAUGAAGGACGAUUUCAUCAUCAAGAUCGAGACGUGGCACAAACCCGACCUGGGCACCCAGGACAAUGUUCACGGUCUGGACAUGGAGACGUGGAAGGGCGUGGAAGUCGUUCACAUAGACAUCGCUGACCGGUCCCAGGUGUCCGAGGAGGAUUACAGAGCAGAUGAAGAUCCGGCUCUUUUCACGUCUGUGAAGACAGGGCGAGGACCACUUGGUCCAGACUGGAAGAGGGAAUUAGCCAAUUAUAAGGAUUCUCCCCACAUGUGCGCCUACAAGCUGGUGACGGUGAAAUUCCGCUGGUGGGGCCUGCAGGGCCGCGUGGAGAAAUUCAUACACAAGCAAGAGCGACGUCUCUUCACCAAUUUCCACCGGCAGCUCUUCUGCUGGCUGGACAAGUGGGUGGAUCUGAGCAUGGCCGACAUUCGCCGAAUGGAGGAGGAGACGCAGAAGGAGCUGGAUGAGAUGAGACAGAAAGGCGCCGUGCGGGGGAUGACGGCCGGAGACGAGUGACCCCCGGCCGGUGCCAGCGGGACACUGACAUGGACUCUGCCCCCUCCCGCCUGGGAGUGAGGACCCAGCUGCCUUCGUGGGACCCCGGGGAUCCCCCUUCGCUCUCCGUCCAGCUGGGGGCACUCUGAACCCCCUUUCCCGACUGAUCAUGGCCUAGUGAUCUCUGGCGGGACAGCCCCAGCCCAUCCCACCCAGGCACUGCCAGGGAGAGUGGGGGGUGCUGGUCCUGGCAACCUCCCGAGCUCUCCCAGGUUUCAACAGGUUCCUGUCCCCACUGGAAUCAUGGCGGGGGGAGCAGGGAGCCCCCGGAAAUGAUUACAUUCCCCUGGGGGACUGAUAUUCAGUGUCGGGGGAGGACACCCCAGACCAGGCACUCUCUGCAGGGCUCCAAGUGCCCAGGGCGGGGGCAGUGGGGGAGAUCUGCCUCCAGACACCCCCUCCGCCCCCUGCACACACACAUGUUCUGUAACUCAGGAUGGUGCAAAACCAUGAUCAAUAAAACAAGAACUUGUCAGA